GCCUGGGGUGGGACAGCACAGAUCCUCUGAGAUAGACCUGGACCAAAUCUCUGAGAGACCCGAGUUGAGUCUUGGAGAGUUUUGGAUCUCUGAGAGAUUUCCCUCCGAUAAACUGGAGACAUGGACCAAACCAGCUGAAGGUUUUCUGAUGGCUCCUGAAGAAGAAGAAGAAGGUUUCAGAGAGCAUCGGGCAGACUGGUGCUGAUUGACCGAACGACCUGUCGUAAAGCUGCCGAUGGCGCUUCAGGCUGCCUCGCAAUGGAAGUGCUGCAUCCACCUGACUCUGCUGCUGGUCCAGCUCAGUUUACCUGAAGUUGCAGCUCCCUGUCAUAUCCUGAAGUGUAACUCUGAUUUUGUGGCUGCAACGCUGGAGCUGGGCAGCAGCAGCGGUGGGGCAGCAGGAGGAGGAGGAGCAGCUAUCAGCAGGGAGGCGGCGAACGCCGGUUACUGCAGUGCCCUGCGCUCCUAUGCCAUGUGCACCAAGAGGCUAUCGCGAGCAUGUCGCGGUGACCUUGCAUACCACUCCGCAGUCCAAGGCAUUGAGGACCUACUGAUCCAGCACCGCUGCCCCCGGGCGGGGCCCACGGUGCAGCCUCGGCCCCUCCCUCCUGGAACGCUAUCAGGGGACGCCUGCCUCUAUGAGAGGAGCUUCUUUAGCAGGGAGGGGCAGACACCAGAGUACCUGCACUGCAGCGUGUUCGGAGACCCGCACAUUAGAACUUUCAACAAUGAUUUCCAGACAUGUGCUGUUCAGGGGGCGUGGCCUCUCAUUGACAAUGAGUACCUGUACGUACAGGCCACCAGCUCUCCAGCCAGGGGAGGGAUGUACGCCACAGUUCUCACCAAGAUCACCAUCAUCUUUAAGAACUGGCGGCAGUGUAUUGAUCAGCAGCUGUACCAGGCCGAGCUGGAUAACGUCCCCGCAGCCUUCGCUGACGGCUCGGUGUGGAGCGGUGAGUGGCGAGGUCACCGCAGCCUCACGGUGCGGACUCAGAGCCCCGGGCGGCACGCCGAGGUCCGAGCAGCGCACAUCGGCACGGUGCUGGUGGUGCGUCAGAGCGGCCGCUCGCUCGGCCUCUCGGUCCUCUCGCCACGUGGCGUUGUUGAAGUGUUCAGCCCUGAGCAGGACCUGCAGCUGUGCGUGUGGGGCUGCCCUCCCUCCCAGAGACUCAACACGCUUCACCCGCCGCCGCCACACUCUCCGGUGCCCACCGCCCUUAGCGCUGAGGAACACUGCGCGGCGCUGCUUCCCGCUCGAGACAUCUACUACCAGGCCUGCGUGUUCGACCUGAUCGCCAGCGGCGACCUCAACUUCAGCAUGGCCGCUGUCAGCGCACUGCAAGAUGCCCAAAACAUGAUCGCGGACAGGGAGGGAGUUCACCUGCUGCUGGUCGCAUCCGCAGGCCAAACGCGACCUCACGUCACACUGCUGUUGCUGCUUGGCAUGCUGGGAACUCUUAGCAGCACCUGACACAACAAGACAUCAGCUGUGUAGCUGAAGACAUAUUUUUUAGGAAGCUGAAAACUAACAAACAGACCCUGUUUGAGGACUUAAAGGUGAUGGACUGAUGGACCACUGGCUGACAUCACUGGUGACACCUGAGGAAGAACGCACACCUGUGGUCAUGUGAUUCCUCUAACAAGCAGCAGAUGGCGUCCAAGCUCUGUUUGGACACUUUCAGGGCCUCAGACUUUGAUGGUUUCUGCAUCACUGCAGCUGCAGCUGCUGCACCGAACCAGAACCUUUAAAUGCAGUCUGCUAUGAAAUGUCCUGAACUUUAAAUUUUUGUUUUAAAAAGUCUUCUAUAUCAAAGUUCUUAAAUUAAUAACAAAUAAUAUUGAACCCCAACAAUUAAAAUUAUAAAAUUGUAUUUGGAAGAUGUCAUCUAUAAGUGUUAUUUCUAAACGUCACUAGUUUUAUGCCAGU